AACCCUGUCUUGCAUGUCAAGUUUCAUUCUCUCACAGUUUAAAAUCCAUGUUUCCAAUUUUAUUCCACAAUGUACUCCCUAUAUAAACUUCUCUAGCUUCUGCCCUAAGGUUUGCUUCUAUUUUUCAAGGGAGAAAGAGAGACUGGGGUUUUACAAUGAGAGGGUCUGCAUUCUUCCAGAGAGCCUUUAGAACUUUUCAAGAGCACCCUACUUUCUUUAAGCUGCUUAUUGUCUCCACCGUCAGUGGUGGAGGUCUGUUAACGUUUUCUGAUGCCAGUCCAUUCCAAGGAUUGAUCACAGACUCAUCUCAGAAUGAAGGCAAGAAAAAGAAGGUGGUAGUUCUUGGAACUGGUUGGGCAGGCACAAGUUUUUUGAAAAACCUGAAGAGCUCUUCCUAUGAUGUUCAAGUCGUUUCUCCGAAUAACUUCUUCACGUUCACUCCUUUGUUACCGAGUGUAACUAAUGGAACGGUGGAAGCUCGCAGCAUAGUAGAGCCAAUUCGCAAUAUUGUGAAAAAGAAACCUUACAAUGUUGAGUUCAAGGAAGCUGAAUGUUAUAAGAUUGAUCCAGUAAAUAAGAAAGUUUAUUGUCGUUCUAACCAAUCCUCAACUUUGGAUGGAAUUGAAGAAUUCACAGUUGAUUAUGAUGUCUUGAUAUUGGCCAUGGGAGCUCGUGUAAAUACUUUCAACACCCCCGGUGUCGAGGAGCAUGCUCAUUUCCUGAAGGAAGUUGGAGACGCGCUGAGGCUUCGUAAGUCAAUAAUUGACUGUUACGAGCGUGCAAGCCUUCCGAGUGUAAGCGAAGAAGAGAAGAAGCGGGUGAUGCAUUUUGUAGUUGUUGGAGGUGGUCCAACAGGUGUGGAGUAUGCUGCAGAGCUACACGACUUGGCAUUUGAUGAUAUGGCAAAGCUAUAUCCCUCAGCUAAAGACUACCUGAAAAUAACCCUUCUUGAGGCUGGUGAUCACAUUUUGAACAUGUUUGACAAACGAAUUACUACAUUUGCUACUGAGAAAUUCCAAAGAGAUGGCAUUGAUGUAAAGACAGGAUCAAUGGUUGUAAAAGUGUCUGAUAAGGAUAUUUCUACUAAGGAGAGAAAAACCGGUGAAAUUGUUUCUGUACCAUACGGAGUGGUCCUCUGGUCAACCGGCAUUGCUACUCGUCCUGUUGUCAGGGAUUUCAUGAACCACAUUGAUCAGGUCAAAAGGCGUGUUCUGGCAACCGAUGAAUGGCUGAGGGUUGAAGGCUGCGAAGAUGUAUAUGCUCUAGGUGACUGUGCGACUAUAAAUCAACGCAAAGUCAUGGAAGAUAUAGCAGCAAUAUUCAGGAAGGCAGACAAGACCAACACUGGUACUCUAGAUCUUAAAGACUUCAAAGAAGUUGUUGGCCACAUCUGUGAGAGAUACCCUCAAGUUGAGCUUUACUUGCAAAAGAACAAACUGAAAAGCUUUGAUGCUUUACUGAAGAAUGCUCAAGGAGAUGACAAGAAACAAAUAGAUAUCGAAAUAUUUAAGAAGGCUCUAUCCGAAGUUGAUUCUCAAAUGAAAAGUCUCCCGCCAACUGCUCAGGUGGCUGCACAACAAGGAGAAUACCUUGCAAAAUGUUUCAACAGAAAGGAGCUUUGUGAAAAGAAUCCUGAGGGUCCACUGAGGUUCAGGGCUUCAGGCCGACACCAGUUUCAUCCCUUCAGGUACAGGCACUUUGGACAAUUUGCUCCAUUGGGUGGAGAGCAGACUGCAGCUCAACUUCCAGGAGAUUGGGUUUCGAUCGGACAUAGCGCUCAGUGGCUCUGGUACUCAGUUUAUGCAAGCAAGCUAGUUAGCUGGCGUACAAGAAUGUUGGUGAUAUCUGACUGGUCGAGAAAGUUUAUAUUUGGAAGGGACUCCAGCAAAAUCUGAGACAGCUCAGGACAGUAUUUUCUACAACUAUUCAUGUCAUAUGACAAUUAGACAACAGAUUUUGUUCCAAUUUUGUUUCAGUCCUCUACUUUAUUUAGCCUUGUUUCUUCCAAUACCUAGGAUAUUGGUUCUACCAUAAUCAGUAUUACGAAAAGGCUUUACAAAAAGUUACAAGCUCACAUU